AUGAGUUCACUCAACACCUUAUUUCCCGGUCAACCACCAAAAUUCGAACCUCAUAUAACUAUAUCUUCCAACAUUGAUGUAGAUUUGGACCAUCCCGAUAAAACGAAAGCCGAUGUAUACAGAAUUUUAUCCGCAAGUUUAGUUGCGAUAGAUUCAUUACCAAAAAAUCAUUCCAAUUUGGUUACAUUAGGAAAGGUCGACAGUCAGAGAAAGUUUUUUAAGAAAUUGUAUUUCCAAGUUGCAAGAGAUCCAAAUUUAGUAUCCUUUGCCACGAUAAUUAGAGAAUUAUUUGUACAAUUACCAGCUGAUAUCGAACAAGAAAACAUGAAGAAAAAUCCACAUUUAUACACUACGGAUAGCCAUGGAAAUACCGUUAAGAAGAAGUCGAAACAAUCACAAGAUGGAAGGAUAGAAGAGAUAGAUAUGCCUAGGAUCCAGCGUGAAGCUCAAGAACAAGCAUCCUUGUGGAGUGUCACUGAAUUUGAUCCACAUCUUUCUUUAGUUUACAACGACCUACAUCCUAUCGACAGUGCAUUAUGGAGGACAAUAAAAACCAGAAUUCAGGACUAUUUGAAUAUAGAUAAUUGCGAUUCAGACGAUUUAACAGAUAACGGAUUAGGCUGGGACAAUGGAAUACUUAAAUUAAUCCUAUGCGAAGGUGAUGUUAACGAUUGGGUAGUUUUGGGUAGUGCCGACUUGCACUAA